AUGGGCAGCGGUCUCAGCAGUGCAACUAGUCGGAAAUGGCCAGGCCGGAAACACGAAACUCCUCCUCAUGCAGAAUCGUCGAGGGUUCUAUUCCUCCUAUACCUGAUUCAUAGGACCUGGAAUGUGGUAGUAGACCAUGUAGAUUCCAAAAGUGCCAGAUGGCGUGGGUCCCGCACAGUCCCAAGUUCUGGCGAAGGUUUGCAGCAGAGGUUUGAUUCCGUCAGCAUUGCUGAGUCCGAUCUUGGAUCGUGCUACUCCGACUGCAGCUGUAGCUACUGCCGGCUUCGAGAGUGCGCUCAUGACUGUAUCAGGUAA